CCCUUCUCUUCGUAAAGUGAAUACUACAAUCAGUCUGCGGCUCCUGACACGCAACUCUAAUCCAAGGUAUUUUCUGUGACUUACCACAUCCAACGCUAUCCACCAUGGAAGACGGCAAGAACGCCAAUCCUCUCAUCCUCAACCCCUCAGACCUACCUACUCGACGGCGGCGGGCGUCAGCGCGAGCCGAUUUAUCCAACGGCACGGUGACCUUUGCCUAUCCGGCGCCCUCUUUCACGAAUGACCCUUUCUUGCGAUCCUCUAGUCCUUCUUCUUUGGAAGAGAGCGACAGUGAUACAGAAAAUGAACCCAUUGACUCCCAGGAGAUCUACGACCUCAUCGCCACCAUGUCGGAUCCAGAACAUCCCAUAACCCUCGGAUCUUUAGCCGUAGUAUCUCUUCCCGAUAUUUCGAUAAAACCUACGAUUCCGAGUCGUCCCAGUUCAAACCUUCAAACCGUCACUGUCCUCGUCACCCCUACCAUUCAGCACUGCAGUCUGGCAACCGUGAUAGGCUUGGGAGUUAGGGUGCGAUUAGAAGAAUCAUUGCCACCGAGGUUUAGGGUUGAUGUUAGAAUCAAGGAAGGGACACAUUCGACCGCAGACGAAGUCAACAAACAAUUGGCAGACAAGGAGCGAGUGGCCGCAGCAUUGUGGAAUCCCACGUUGCAGAGCUUCAUCAAAAAAAUGCUCGAAACUUGCGAAUGAGGCAACAUGGUUUAGGGCCCAAAAGGAAUAAAUUUUGCAAUCGGCAAUGAUUGAGGAAAUUCACCAUUUUCGAUCCGCAUAUGCUCUCAAACCAAGACUUGCGGAAGAUCACACUGGUAUCUUCUCUUCAAGGAACGCUUCGUGGCGCGAGAUCUUGAGGUCAGAGCAUGACUAUGUACUUUACAAGCAAGCCGCAGUUCCACUGACCACGAUUGGGAAGGCUUGCGGGGAGGACGAGGGGAUACAUGUCUCAUGGCGUCUCAUGCCAGGGAUGAGCGGGAGGAGGUGGGAAAUGGGUUGAGCAAGGUGGACCGAGGUACAGAGGAACAGAGGUUUCCAUGUCUGUUAUGCUGUUCAUGGCUCUCAAAAAUUGUUCGUGCUGAGGAUGUGGGAAUAGCAUCAAUGGUGGUGGUAGCAAAAACAACCAGGCAUCAGAAGACCAUUCAACGAACUAGGUACUUCCGAGAUGAUAUAUGGACGCAGUUGGAUCGCACAUUUAGCACGUGUAAUUCAUUCUGCGAGAGACAGCCAGAGAAACACCGGAAGUAAAAUGAUAUCGGCAUACCACUCGCAAUCAAUGGCAAAAAAAAGGAAUUGCCAUCAGGGAAUUGAGCCCUACGUGGGCUGAACAGCUGUUAGUACAUAUGCCAUUGUGAGGUGUACAGGAGAAUAUCU